AUGGACAUCUCCGUUCUGCCCAACAACAACCACCCGGGGAAGUUCCUCCAGCUGGACGUUGGGAUGCUGCCGGCCACGCACGGAAUGUUCCAGGUCGGGUCGGUCCUGUCCAGUCAGAAACACUGGCAGAACAGAGUCUACUCCCAGAGGGGGCAAAGGGUAAAGACUGAAAGCUGGUCUCCUCCCUCUCCAGAGGCCAGUCCCGUGGCGUUUGAGGACAGAUACCUGGAGAGGCACAUCACACCGGUCACUCUGAAGUCCAACAUUAAAAGGAACCCUCUGUUCAUGGACACGAGAGCGAUGGAAGUGGUGGACAACAAGAAGUCCAAGCCCUCCUGGACCGUCAGGGAGUACGACACACAGACAGUCCACGGGAACCUCGCCGAUUAUUUAAAGGAGGAAGAGAAGACUCCUAGAGAUCUGGACUUUUGGCUCGAGGAUCUCUACACACCGGGUUUUGACUCUUUACUGAAGAAGAAAGAAGCGGAACACAAGAGAAAAAGACUUUGUAAAAUCAUGUCUUUAAUUGUUUUCAAGUCUUCCAGUGUGAAGCUCGUGUGUGGGUCGCUCUCUCUGCCCAUCACAGGCUUCGUAGGAACGGGAGACCAGCGGAUGGCAAACGAGCAACAAGUCUACUGUGGCACCAAAGUGCUGCCGUUACUAUCCGUUGAUUGA